GUCAGACACAAUGAACUCAUCCUAAUGUCACUAUACAUUAGUAUCAUUAGUGUUUUGACAGCUAAUCUAGCAGUACUGCUAAUGUGUCUGUAGACUGCCAAACAUAGUGUAACUGCGCUUUGGACUAAUGUUAAAAUUGCAAAGCGUUUUUUGCGCUUUUUUUUUUACAUUUGUGAAAGUUCCGUGACUAGGAUUGAAUAAAACAAAAGACAAUGAUUUGCAAAAGAGUCAUCAGUUUAUUAAGACUGAUACUGGUCCUCAUUUUGUUACAUCUGAUAAUGACAAAAGAAAGUGAAAGUAGAAACACAACUCAAGCGACCAGAGAUCGAAUCCAAAGUCUUCUAUUGACUUCUUCCACUCACAGCCUUGUCAAUCAUUGGGACAACAACGAAACUAACUCUCAAUCACCAAAUGUCAGCCAAGAAAAACCUACAAUGGAUUUGCUUUUAGGAUUACGGAGUUCCGAGAAGACACCCGAGGCUGCUGCGUCUCAGAAAAACACAACACUCUUUGGAGGCAAACACACGUUGUUGGGACCUCAACUGCGAGAUAACAUGUCGACUGGAGACGAGAAUCAAAUAAGUAAAACCGACUUAGACGCAGAGUCGAAUACCAAUAGUCUGAACUCUGUAUUGAAUACAAGUAGAUUAGAGUCAUGGCUGAGCUUCGACAAUUUCUUGUCACGCAUUGCAAACCUUACCCAGGCGAACAAGGAGAAAAAUUCUGAAUGGAGCACUUACCUAGAGAAGGAGGCGAAGAAGGUGUACUCCCGUUUCAACUUCAACUCUUACGAUGUGAAAGUGGAGUUUCUGAGAUUCAACUAUGCCCAACUUCUGAAGACGGUACUAACCAAAGAAAAGGUCAAGUCUGAGCAGCUGUUCCCACCUGUGCCUGGCAUCAGCGCCGCAUGCUACGUCCAUCUGAUGGACUGGUUUGAUGGAGUAGCCAGAUGGAAGAAUCGAACAGAGAAACCUGACCAGGAGGACAUGAAAUGGACACUGAAAAUGUUUGACUCGUUCGGCAGGCCUUCUGCUGGUCUGAUCAAUGGAGUGCUCCAACUUGAAGGGGACUACGACCAGUGCCUGGACAUACACCCUUAUGUACCAGCAGGGACGGUGGACGGCAAGGGCACAGUCCGAGGGGAGGUCGUCUUCAGCACCAGAUAUUGUCGAGCGGAAAUACCAGUUGGCCCUUAUUACACACUUGGACUUCCGAAAGAAGUCAACACUUUCUGGACAGAGAAACAAAGUUUUUACCUAAAUUUCAACUGGGGGAUUUGUGUGCCGGACUCAUGCCACUCGGAGGACAUCAAGGCUUUUCUUAACAAAGGUACACUGGCAGCUUUGGAACUUGAAGUCGAUAAAGUCACGUGUUUUGAUGAGCCAUCAUUAUCUGAGGACCCAGGGGCCGUAGCUACUAUAGUCAUCUUGGUGACAUUUCUCAUCCUAGUGACCGGAUGUUCGGUGUUGGAUAUCUACAGACUUCACGGACCAUGGUUCCGGUGGCACCACAAAGGAAACCUCCAAGAAAAGAAGCCUGAAAAGGACACUAUCCUCCUCAAUCAUUACUGCAACAGGGCUUUCGAGAUGGACAUCCCAUCACCUGAUGUUGUUGGACAGCUGGACUCUUGCCAACACUCGCAACAGAACGCCGCGGUAGAAGAGGACGCGGUUGAAUUGCCUGGCAGUGAUUCACUGGCUUCCAAAGUCCCAAAGCCUAAAUCAAUAGUUGAAGAUCUGAUCAAUCGCCUGUCCUUCUACUCCAAUUUCCUUCGCCUUAUUGAUGCUGACACCACUAGAGAAACUUUUACCUGCAUACAGGGGAUGAAGGUGGUCAGCAUGGCCUGGAUUGUUGCCGGACACUGUUACACUUACGGCGGACUGCUAGACGAAGCAAAUAUUAUUUUUAAAAACACGGCAGAACUGGUCAUUAGAUCAUCAAGUUUAACCUUUCACCUGGUGGGCUCGGCACACUUGGCCGUAGAUACAUUCUUCGUUAUCAGUGGUUUCUUGGUCAUGUACAUCACACUGAGGACCAUGGAGACCAGAGCAAAACCAAUGUUUUGGUUGACAUUUUUUCUACAUCGAUUUUGGCGGUUGACGCCAAUGUACAUGAUGGUGCUUGCCGUAGGGACCAAUUUGUAUGACCACAUAGUCAGAGGGCCACUCAAGGCAGACAACUUCGAGGAGUUUGAAGAAUGCAAAGACAAAUGGUGGUCCCAUCUUUUCUAUGUCAAUAAUUUUUACAGGCCAGAUAAAAAGUGUAUGACCUGGUCCUGGUACAUGUCUGUUGAUAUGCAGCUGUACAUUAUUUCCCCUGUCUUUAUUUACGCCACAUACAAGAGUCGCAAGGUUGGUGUUGCUAUGCUGGUUUCCCUGUGCUUUGUGGGAGCUGCCUCGGCCUUCGUGGCCGAGUAUCUUAACGGUGGCCAGUUCGUGUUAAUGGACUUAAGGUUUCUGGAAUACUGGAGCUACGUCUAUUCCAUGCCCUACACGCGUGUGGCUGCCUAUGGUAUCGGCAUGUUGCUGGCUGUAAAUAUGUAUUACAAUCCCGAGCAGAAGCCAAUGUCUACGCCUGUCGUGAUCAUUUUAUGGGUGACGUCACUAUCCGUGGGCGUCUUUCUCGUACUUAUCAACCACAUCCAGUGGAAGAUGAACUCUGACCUGUGGUUGCCAUGGCAGCAGUCGCUCUAUGAGGCCCUGGUCAGACCCACGUGGGCGCUGUGUGUAGCAUGGGUCAUAUACGCUUGCCACAACGGGCACGGAGGUGUAGCUAACUCGAUACUGAGCUGGAAACCUUUCCUAGUCCUCUCUCGACUGACCUACGCCGUGUACUUGUUACACCCCCUGGUCAUCCUGUUCGUCAUCUACAGCAGAAGAACAACCAUCUACCUCCAUCCAGCCUACAUCAGUAUGGUGUAUAACUACAUCGGGAAUCUAUCUCUGACAUAUCUGCUGGCUGUCAUCUUCUCUCUGACAUUUGAAGUGCCGAUGUUGGCAUUGGAGAGGUUGGUCCUGCAACGUCACUAAUGUUUUUUUUUCUCUUUAUUUCACAAAACUUUUUUUUAUUGUCAAUCUCUUCAUAAGUGUCCUUCAUGUGUUUGUUUACAACAUUAAAUAAAAUAUUCACAUCCGUAUUGAUGCCCUUGGGCCAGGCAAGGGACAUGUAGUAAUACUAUUUUACCAGGAGAUGAACUCUAAGUAAGAUAAGAGACCACUUGUUAUGUUUCUUCUCUGGAAAUAGUAUUCUUUGUUAAAGAGACAAAAUAAAUAACAACAAAAUUAUCAACAUUCGAAGUAGAAAGUUACAAGA